AUGGAUAUCAUUCAUAGUAAGUCAACAAGUGCUUGGAAUUGGUUGAAGGAUAGACCUGCUGAGCAUUGGAGUAGGUCACAUUUUAAGGAUAUACAUAAGUGUGACAUACUUUUAAACAAUCACUGUGAGAGCUUCAACUCAACAUUUCUUGAUGGAAGGAAAAUGCCAAUACUUGGAUUAUGGGAAGAACUGAGGAUGAAUCUAAUGAUUAGAUUGGCAAAUAGGAGGUGUGCAGCCCCAAGAUGGAAGUGUAAAGUUGGUCCAAGGAUUGAAAAGCUUUUGAAGAAAUAUGCAGAUCUAAGCCAUGACUAUAUGGCUUUCGAGUCCUCUCACAACAGGUUUCAAGUGAAGGGAAGAGGGGUUGCCUGUGCAUCAGGUGUAAAUUCUCUUCAUGAUGUGAACUUGAGUGCAAUGACCUGCACUUGCAGGAGAUGGAAUCUAAAUGGAUUGCCUUGUCCACAUGCAAUUGCUUGCAUAUACUCCAAAGGUUACUCACCAGAAGACUAUGUACAUGAGGCAUACUCUCAAAAGAAGUACAUGCUUGCCUAUGAGCCUGCUAUAAAUCCUAUUCCAGGUGUUCACGAGUGGGAUGUAGUGGAGAAGCCAAUUAUACCUCCAAAAUACACAAGGGGACCUGGCAGACCCAAAUUGUCAAGAAAUAAGGAACCAGGUUAG